AUGAAAACGAGAAGUAGGAAUUACGCUACGAAUCCACGUUCUCCACCUAAAAGACGCAAAAGAAUAUCGAAGAAGAAAACAAAAACUGAACCUAAUCUCGAUUUCCCAUUAUUACAAGACUUACCUCCAUUACCACCAUCUCCACUAUUCACACCUCUUGCUGAUCUUCCCCCACUACCACCGUCUCCACCUUAUACAUCUGACUUACAUCCAUCAACCCCACAAAAAAGGAUUGAAGAUGUUGUAUUAACGACAACAUCCAAGCCUGUAUCUCAUUUUCCUGAUCUAUCUACGUUACCGCCACUUCCAAACUCUCCUAUCAGUCCUCUUUCUCUUGAACUUAAUACGCUAUACGAUACGAACCUUCCUGAACUCUCCUUAACUUCUGCUCACCCUAUCGAACAUACGUCCCUACCCAUUGAAAGUUUAUCUCCGACUUCGAUCGGAACUAUAUCGGACUUAGCCUCCGGAUUUGCUCUUCUGAAUUUUGAUUCAAUUGCGAACGAUUCACACGUUACGAGAACAGUCGCAUCUUACCCUACGCCACUACCUGAAACUCCCUUCUAUUGCUCUAAUACGAUAUUUGAACCUGAUCCAGUACGCCCUGUGAAACCCUCCGACAUGUCGACACCUAUGACUCCCGAUCAAUUCGCCCUUGACGAAAUCAAUCAAUCUAUCAAGAACGUUGGAAACAACAUCAAUUUUCCACAUCUUGAGAAGAAUGGAUCGAAUUUCGUUGACUGGAAGAAAGACACCGUACGAGCGAUGAAAGCUAUGAUUUGA